UCACUGCGACAUGAUUGAUCAAACAUUUGCAAACGUAAAGACAUUAUGUUGUAAAAUGGACUGGUCAUAUCAGUGCAGUAAAAGGCGGAGCAACACUGGAAGAACAUGGGUCAGCAUCACAAUGAGGAAAUGAAAGUUAAAGAAUCUCACAGUUAGUGGAGAGAAAAGAAAAGAAAGACAGCCGGCUUCUUCAGACCUUUUAACACACCUGCACCAGUCUUAUAUACACACAGACAUGUCUUCUGCCAGCAAUCUGUUAUCUGAAGAUCAGUUUCUGUGCUCCAUCUGUCUGGAUGUGUUCACUCAUCCAGUCACCAUACCAUGUGGACACAACUUCUGCAAGAACUGCAUCACACAACACUGGAAUACUAAAGUCCAAAAUGAUUGUCCCCUGUGUAAAAAGGUUUUUAACACAAGACCUGAGCUGCACAUCAAUACAUUCAUAUCUGAGAUGGCUGAUCAGUUCAGACAGUCAGCUGUAAAGAAAAGCAGCAGCUGCUCAGAACAACAAUGGACCAACACAGGAGAUGUUCUCUGUGACGUCUGCACUGAAACCAAACUGAAGGCUGUGAAGUCCUGUCUGGUGUGUCUGACCUCCUACUGUGAGACUCACCUGGAGCCUCAUCAGAGAAUCUCAGGACUGAAAAGACACAAGCUGAUUGAUCCUGUGAAGAACCUGGAAGACAGAAUGUGUAAGAAGCAUGAUCGACCUCUGGAGCUGUUCUGCAAGACUGAUCAGAUGUGUGUGUGUCAGUUCUGCACUGAGACAGAUCACAAGUCACAUGUCUAUGGUCCUCUGAAAGGAGAAUAUGAGGUGCAGAAAGCUAAACUGGAAAAGACAGAUGCUGGAAUUCAGCAGAUGAUCCAGAAUAGACGACUGAAGAUUCAGCAGAUUAAGGAGUCAGUGAAGCUCAGCAAUGAAGAAGCAGACAGAGAGACAGCAGACAGUGUGCAGGUCUUCACUGCUCUGAUAAAGUCUGUUGAGAGAAGUCUGGCUCAGCUCAUUGAGAUGAUUGAAGAGAACCAGAAAAGAACAGAGAAACAGGCUGAAGGCUUCAUCAAAGAACUGGAAGAGGAAAUAUCUGAGCUGAUGAAGAGAAGUGCUGAAGUGAAGCAGCUCUCACACACUGAAAACCACCUCCAGUUCCUCCAAAGCUUCUCAUCCCUGAACCCUGCUCCACCCACCAAAGACUGGACACAAGUCAGAGUUCACUCAUCAUAUGGGGAGAUUCUGAGGAGAGCUGUGGCUCAGCUAGAGGAGACACUCAGUGAAGAGAUGAAGGAUCUUUGUGCUGAUGCUGAGCUGAAAAGGGUCCAGCAGUUUGCAGUGGAUGUGACUCUUGAUCCUGAUUCUGCAAGUCCCUAUCUCAUCUUGUCUGAUGAUUGGAAACAAGUCACAUGUGGUGAUGUGGAGAAGAAACUCCCUGAUAAUUCAAAGAGAUUUUCCUAUUGUAGCUGUGUUUUAGGAAAGCAAAGUUUCUCUUCAGGCAGAUUUUACUAUGAAGUUCAGGUUAAAGGGAAGACUGAGUGGGAUUUAGGAGUGGCUAGUGAAUCGAUCAGCAGGAAGAAACAAAUCAAAGCAAGCCCAAAGACAGGUGUCUGGGCCAUAUGGUUGAGAAAAGGUAAUGAAUACAAAGCUCUUGCCGGUCCCAGUGUCCUUCUCUCUUUCAAGUGGAAGCCUCAGAAGGUGGGGGUAUUUGUGGAUUAUGAGGAGGGUCUGGUCUCCUUUUAUGGUGUAGAUGCUGCAACUCUUAUCUACUCCUUUACUGGCUGUAAUUUUAGUGAGAAACUCUAUCCGUUCUUUAGUCCCUGUGAUAAUAAUGAUGGUAAAAACUCAGCCCCUCUGAUCAUCUGUCCUGUCAGUCACACUAAUUAGACUUGUGUUGUGUUCCUUUGGACAAAUGAACAGUGAUGAUGGACGAUGUCAUUUAAUUUACUUUACAGAUUCUGGUGAAUGUGGUUAUUACUUGAUCUCUUGCUAUAAUCACUAAUAUUUUACAUUUCUGAUAUGCUUCUGAUGUAUCCCAUUGGUGCUCACAUAUUUACCAAUAAUAAUGUAAUGUAAUCAAUUGUCAUGUUUUUCUAAAAAAGUUAUUUAAACCUGUGGUGACAAAUCAUAGUGAUCAUAAUAACAGGGUUUUGAUUGUUGUACAUGCAAGAAAUGCUGACAUCUUUUUAUAAAGCAAUUUUUAAAAACAGCAUACUCAAACCUGUGUAUUUAAUUUAAUGCAGUGGUCUCACCAGGGGUUAGGACCAUCUAAAAUCAGUCUGGGUUUCUCUAAUAAAUUAUGGUCUCAUUAUUCAAAUAAAACAGU